UUAAAGCAACACGUGCCAAAUCAAACAUUCUACACUUGACACGUUUCACUAUUAUUAUAAUUAUUGUACCAAAACAUUUCUCGUCCCGCGCGCAGCCAAUGAGCACCCUCCACUUUUCUCAAUUUUUAAUUACUUUUUAACCCUUCUGAUUGAAAAUUUUUCAGUUAUUACUAAUAUCGAGCCGACCCCACAGGGCCGAGUUCCCAAUCGCGAGACACCAACUCAAAAUAUCAGCGACAGCGCACUGUGCGAGGUCAGAGUUUAACAACCCGCCCUACAGUUGCUCGCCACGUGUCUCGAGGAAAUUAGUACUCCGCACACCUUUCUUGGAAUUCAAUCAAUAGGGUUCGGUGGUUGUUUUCGCUAGAUGCCACGUUGCGAUUUCUAGAUACCUUACGUGGGCCCACGGACAGCGGACCAAAUCUCUUUUCGAACCGCCGACGCGCCACGUGCCCCGGAUCGAAUCUCCGGCCGUCCACGUCUCCUUGAAAAAUCCACGCCCGAGUGGGCCCCAGAACAGGCGACCGUCUAGCUCAUCUAGGAUAUCAACGGCUCCGAUUCGAACCUUUUUCGCCUCAUUUAUUUGGAGACAAACGCAGCCCAUCGGUCUUGUUCGACCGAAAGAGGAAAAAAAAAAAAAAUGAAGGAGACUGUGACGACGACGUUGAUGGACAUGUCGCCGGCAGCAGCGCCGGCGGAUGCAGAUCCCCGCGAGGUGAGUGAAUCCAGCGCUAAAAAGGAGAAAAAUAGUCGCCGGCGCCGACAUAGAUUGCGAUUGCGUCCUGGGGCCAAGAACUGCGUCGGCGCCGGUGGGGAAGGCAAGACGCUCUCCGGUGACGUCCUGAAAGUGACUUCGUCGUCGGUUUCGUCGAAGUCAGAGCAUUCUCCGCUGACGUCGAUGUCUCUGUCGUCGUCGCCUUCGUCUCUCUCGUCGUCGGGAAACUCAUCGGAGAACGACGUCGUCGGGGUCCGCAUGAGCUGUAAGCCAGGAGAUCUGGGGUGGUCGGCGCACGGGGUGGUGUCGGUGAUAGGGAGGAGACGAGAGAUGGAGGACGCGGUAACCGUGCAGCUAGGGUUUGCCGAGUCGGGGUCGGAGAGGUACGACUUUUUCGGGGUGUACGACGGACACGGCGGGGUGAAGGUGGCGGAGGCGUGCCGGGAGAGAUUGCACCGGCUUGUGGCGGAGGAGAUGGCAGAGGAAGAGGAGGAGAGGGUGGAGUGGGGGAGAGUGAUGAUGGAGGGGUUUGGGAAGAUGGAUGAUGAGGUUAAUGGUGCUGAGUUGGGGAAUACAACGGGCUCGACGGCGGUGGUGGCGGUGGUGGGGAGGGAGGAGGUGGUGGUGGCCAACUGUGGGGACUCCAGAGCCGUGCUUUUCCGGGGAGGAGUGGCGGUACCGCUGUCGGAUGAUCAUAAGCCUAAUAGACCUGAUGAGUUGAAGAGAGUUGAAGAAGCUGGCGGAAGGGUAGUUAACUGGAACGGAUGUCGUGUGCUCGGAGUGCUUGCCACUUCUAGGUCUAUUGGAGACCUAUUCCUCAAACCAUUCGUGUCAAGCGAACCAGAAGUAACAAUAUGUGAGCGAAACGACAACGAUGAAUUCCUUGUACUUGCAAGUGAUGGCUUAUGGGAUGUCAUUUCGAAUGAAGCAGCAUGCAAGGUUGUGAGGAGGUGUCUUUAUGAUGGCUCAAUAAGGAGGAGGAGGAGAUCAAUUCAAGAUGGUAGUGUACAUGUGAAUGGUGCUAUGGAGAUGUUAAAUGAUCACCAAAACCGGGCAGCUAUGGCGGCUGCCGUUUUGAUGGAGUUGGCCAUUGCUAGGGGCAGCAGGGACAACAUCAGUGUGAUUGUAGUUGAGCUAAGGAAGCCUUCUACCACCCUUUUCCCUUAGCACAUGCAACAUAGAUGUUAUUUUCAUUUUCAUUUGAUCUCUCUCAUGAGUUGUUUUUUUUUUUUUUUUGGGUUUUAGUGGGUGAUCCAAAAAGGUACAGUUCAUGGCCUUUCAACUUCUUGAUUUAGGUUCUUUGAGAUGUUCAUUUAUGCAAUUUGUUGGACUUUGUUUUGUUGUUUGAUCUCAUUCCUCAAGCUAGGUACAUCCUAACAGGAGUUUGAGACUUGUAUAGUAGAAAUCGGGUUUGAAUCUUAAGAGGGUCUAAGAAAUAAUAUGAGAUAUGGGAGAUGGACUACCUACGAUUGUGUAAUU